UACGUAAAAUGGCGAAGAAAACUUAUGAUCUGUUAUUUAAGUUAUUGUUGAUAGGUGACUCAGGUGUUGGGAAAACGUGCAUCCUAUUUAGGUUUUCGGACGAUGCCUUCACAAUAACAUUCAUAUCCACUAUAGGUAUUGACUUCAAAAUUAAGACUGUUGAGCUGAGAGGAAAUAAGAUCAAAUUGCAGAUAUGGGACACAGCAGGACAGGAGAAAUUCCACACCAUAACGACAUCAUAUUAUCGAGGUGCAAUGGGAAUAAUGCUAGUUUAUGAUAUAACAAACGAGAAGAGUUUUGAGAAUAUAGUGAAGUGGCUUCGAAAUAUUGAUGAACAUGCGAAUGAAGACGUGGAGAAAAUGAUUCUGGGUAAUAAGAGUGAUAUGGAGGACAAACGAGUAGUAAGCAGAGAGCGUGGCGAAGCAAUUGCACGAGAGCAUGGAAUCAGGUUUAUGGAAACAUCAGCAAAAGCAAACAUAAAUAUGGAACGGGCAUUUAAUGAAUUAGCAGAGGCCAUUCUUGAUAAAACUGCUGGUAGAGAUCCAGCGGAGUCAUCGGACAGAGUGAUAGUUCCAGACAGACGGGGAGAAAGAGGCUCCAACAGAUGCUGCUAG